AUGUACAGGCAAAUAAAAGUUGCUAAAAAAGAUCAAGAAGUGCAAAGGAUUUUGUGGAGACGUGACCCAAAGGAAGACAUUCGUUGUUAUAAAUUAACAACAGUAACCUAUGGCACAUCUUCCGCACCCUAUUUAGCAAUUCGUGUUUUGAAUAAAUUAGCAGAGGAUGAAGAAAGCAGUACACCAGUAGCAGCAGAUAUUAUUAAACAAGACUGCUAUGUAGACGAUAUAAUAACAGGAGCAAACUCCAUAGCAGAUCUUCAUAUUAAAUCUGAUCAACUUGUGACAAUGCUUGGCCGCGGAGGAUUUUCUCUACACAAGUGGUCCAGCAAUAAUCAAGAAUUUUUAAACACAAUUGCACAAGAAAAUCAAGAAUUAGAAAAUACGUGCUUCAUUGAUAAAACUGGAAUAAUUAAAGCAUUGGGGUUAUUAUGGAACCCGACAGAAGACAUUUUUAAGGCAACAAUUCCAUCAGCAUUCCAAAGAACUUUCACAAAAAGAGCCAUUUUAUCAGCCAUAUCCCAAAUCUUCGACCCAAUGGGACUUAUAGCCCCAGUCGUAGUCAAGGCGAAGAUGAUAAUGCAAAAGAUAUGGAAACAGAAGACUGAUUGGGAUGAAGAAGUUCCAGCAACAAUUAAAGAAGAGUGGAAAACCCUUCAAAAUCAGUUCACUCUUCUAAAAGAAAUAAAGAUUCAACGGUAUAUGUUCAACCAAGAACCAAUAAAACAAAUUGAGUGCCAUGGAUUCGCUGAUGCAUCAAUCGCAGCAUAUGGAGCAUGCAUCUAUAUUCGGGCAAUAUAUAACAAUAAUUCUAUAUCAUCAAGGCUAUUAACUGCCAAAUCAAAAGUAGCACCAAUCAAGAAUGUGACUCUGCCACGACUAGAACUAUGUGAAGCACAUAAGUAA